AUGGCUAAAAACAAAUCCAAAACGAAAUCGAGUGCUCUUGUGAUUCCAACCUCUGCUCCUCAUGCCAAAUCGGCAUCUCAGCCCGCAACAACAAAUGGAUCAUCAUCCUCUGGAAGUAAUAAUAAUGGGGCGGAACCGCUUUUAAUGAGACUAUGCAAGCAUUGUUGUGAGGAUUACAGUCAGGCUGUAGAUCCGAAUCGAAUCAAGAAGACUUUUGCUUCUUUCAAGAGCAGUAGUAGUGGAGAUGAUGCGUCUUGUCAUCAUGCCCCAAAAUGCAGUACAUGCAAACAAUUACAAUCUACUGUUGAAGAUGAUGAUUUGUUUUUGAAUUGUUUCAAUGGACUAUUCUAUUGCCCAAAGCAUGCCUUUCAGAAAAAGAAUACCCAACACGGAGGUGGUAUUAUCAUCAAUAUUUCAACUCUGAAAAGUAUUUGUUUAUCAUGUCCAAGUAGCACGGACAUUGGAUUUACACGAACAAAGAGCGUUUUUCAUUUGAAACAACCAAAUGAUGAGCAUAUCAAUCGAUUUGUGAAUGUUUUAAAAUACGUAAAGAGUCAAGUUGAGACCUGUUUUGGAUCAGAAUCUAUUUAUACGAAGUCAUUGAAGAUGGAAUUAGAAACUGCACCCCCACGAGAUUAUCAAAUGAUUCAAGCACUGCAAAUUUUAUCACAGACUAUUGCCGCUAAAUCUGCCGCCAGUCAAUCAGAUACAGAUGCCAAAUGGAAUAUUCAGAAUAAUCAAUACUUGAGCACAAUGAGAGGUUUAUAUAAUUUGGGUAAUACUUGCUUUUUCAACAGCACCAUGCAAGCAUUGACUCAUACGCACACAUUGGCAUCUUUUUAUUUGAAUCUUAGUGCUGUUUAUCCUACUCUGAAUAUACCAAAGAAGAUUACAUUUACUGACGCCAAGUCUCUGUCUUUUGCAUUGACCUUGUUUUACAACUCAAUUUACAAACUACCACAACAGCAAAAAGGCGAAUUAUUUGUGCCAUACAAUCCUAGCAAAUUAUUUGAGGCUAUUUGUGAUAAGUUUCCAUUAUUUAGAGGAUACGGACAACACGAUGCAACUGAAUUGUUGAGAUUUGUGUGUUCACAUGUGAGAGAUGAAUAUAUUGACGAUUUUAAGAAAAAGAAUGCUGCUACAACUACCAACUCUAAUGACUCCCAGAACGAAACUACAGAAACCUCUAGUGCAAGCACAACUGUGACAUCAAUUCAACCACCUCCAACAGUGAUUGAUGACUGUUUCAAAAUCAUUCUCAAUAGCUCAGUAUUUUGCAGUCACUGUGGUCAUGUGAGCACUAUUAAAGAAAUGGCGCACGAUUUGAGCAUUCCAAUUCCCAAAACUAAGGAGAACUUGUACUUGCACUUUAAAGAGUUAUUUGAGCGAGAAAAGAAGACGUUUGAGCAGCAUGCUAUGGCCAAUGGUAGUGACGACUCAAGCAGUACUGCUGCCACUUCUACGACGAACUCAAUGAUGCUAAACCCAGAAGAAGUAUUGAGCACAAUACCUCAACAGAUGAACGGCGUUCACUUGGCUCAUUGUCUUUGGGGAUUUGUGACUCAUGACUUACUCGAGGGUGACGACGGCUAUCGAUGCGAAAAAUGUUCACAUUUGAUUGACGAAAAUAAUGAGGAAAAGACCUCCAGUAAUGCAUCCACCAAUUCCAGUGAUGUCGCCACAAGUUCUGAAACCUCGAACCAUACAGGUACCACCUCUCCUACAACCGCUGACAACAACAGUAGUGCAAGUAACAAGCCAAAAUACACCCUCAGAAAUGCUUGCAAACAAUUUUCCAUUGCUCAAUUGCCUCAAGUGCUCACAAUUCAUCUCAAGAGAUUUGUGUCCAUGCAUCAAAUGCUUCGAAAAAAGAAGAGAUCCAUUCUUGAUGAUUAUCUCAUGAGCACAGGAGCUCAUUCAUUUAUGAAAGAUAAUGCUCAAAUCAUCUUCCCAACCUCCAUUGAUAUGGCACCAUAUAUCCAUCCGUCACAUCGUCAAGAUGAAGAGAAUAAGCAAACUGUUUACGAUUUGUAUGCCAUUGUAGAGCACAGUGGUACCAUGCACGGUGGACACUAUGUCGCCUAUGUCAAACAACUCAUUAUCGAUGGUGGGCAACAAUUCAAGAGAGGAGAUUGGUUCUACAUUAGUGACUCACACGUGAAGAAGGUCGUGAGUGAGAAACAAGUUCUCGAAGAGGCCAGACCUUAUUUAUUAUUCUAUGAGAAACGUAGAAAAUAA